AUGGCACCGCCAACCAAAAGAAAAGCACACUCAAAAGCUGUUUCGAUUAAGAGAUGGUCAACUGAAAAUUUUCAAGCCACAACAACACAACCACCAGAUUCAUCAACAAGUGAAGAAGAAGAUUAUUCAAGUUCAGAACCAAUUAAAUUUACGGAAAAGAAAAUUUUAUCCGAUAUCGGCGAUUUAUUCACAUUAUGCACACAAGAAGGAAACCGAAAAUACUUAUCAACAAUGAUUUAUAUGUUGUUACGCCAUCUUGGAUACAGCUGGAGAGAAACAGAUGAGAUUUUGGAUACAACUGGAUCAACGAAAUGUGAAACUGCACAUAAGUACGCCGAUUUAUAUUUGAAUGGUGAUUUUGAAGAGUUUAUAGGUGAACAUCGAGGUCAAGAUGAAUCUACUUUUCGUAGUGGAGAGGUUGGUGCACGUAGAUGGGUGAUCGAUGAUUCGGCACCCUUUUUUAGUAAAGGCCGUGGUCGAAGCUACAUGAUUUCCGAUUUUUUGGUCAUCCAUCCAUCGUCACCAUAUUUUCGAUUAAGUCCAGCUGAAUGGAAUCAAGCAACUCAACGAUAUCCAAAAUUAUUGGAAGAAGCAGAUAUUAUUUAUGAAAAAUUUUCGGCAUCAGCAGCAAUAAAUAUUGGAAGUGAUUUAUAUAUGGACAACGAAUUGAUUUUAGAACAAUUUGAACGAUUAUUUCAAAUGUUACAGUUCAAAGAAGAAUACAAAAUGCAUACUAUUGAAGUGUUGGUGGAUAAUGCAAGAACUCAUACUAGCAAGGAAUUUAAUGUUGAUGAUUUUGGUAUGAAACCAGGUACUCGGUGUCCAGUUCAAUCAAUUGAAUAUUUAGAUCCAGCUACAAAUCAACAAAAAACAAUCAAUUGUUAUUUUACAGAUGGUGAGAACAAAGGAAAAUCACGUGGAUUACUCAAUAUUGCACAGAACUUGGGAUUGAAGGUACCAUUAAAUUGCAAACUUCAACAAUUAAAAGAAUUAGUUAGCCAACAUCCAGCAUUCCAAAAUGUUACAAAAUUAGAAAAAUUAGGGAUGCAAUAUGGAAUUCAAGUGUUAUAUGUGCCAAAAUAUCAUUGUGAAUUAAAUCCUAUUGAAGGUUAUUGGUGUCAUAUGAAACAAUUCGUUCGCAAGCACAAUGAUCAAACAUUCAACAAGAUGGUAUCAUUAAUUGGUGAAGCAAGAAAAAAUUUUGAAGAUCGUCAAAUAUAUUUAAAAUUAUGUAGAAGAUUCUGGAAAACAUUAAUGGCAUACAAUGAUGGACAAUAUUAUUUAUCAUCGAAAAAUCGUGAACACUAA